AUGAAAGAAGAGAGGCAGAAGCAGGCAGAAACUGUUAGCAACAAUGGAGUUGCGGAAUUUAUAGAGGCUGUGUUUGGAAUUGACCAGAAGAUCAUCCUUAAGAUCUUGAAUUUUACCUGUUUAUUUCUGGCACUUGUUUCCUUCAUAAUGUCCUAUAUCGCAUACCAAUACAACGAGAUGCUACAUCUUAAACUCUUACUAUCCCUGGCCAUAUUAUUGGUUGUUUUUUCAGGGCUCAUUUUUUGGUACAUUCCAAAAUUCGAAGAGCUUCUCAAUGAAUCCAAUAGAUCAACUGGUGAUAUCGCAGACCCUAUUUCCGACAGGAAAAACGAUUAG